AUGAGGCGAUGGCUCGUGUGGGGUGGCUUCUUCCAGCGGUGCCUGGCAGGACCGGGAUGGGCACCUCGUCGUUUGCUUGGCAUCGAUGCCCCCGUCCUGGAAGAGCUGUCCGUGGUGUUGAGCACUGGAGUCGCAGCUCCGAUGGCUUGGUCGUAUUUCGAGGUUAAGUAUUCCUUGACUGUUCCACAAGAAGCUCUGGCCGUCGCUGUACUUUGUGUGGUUCGUCAGGGAUAUGCUGUACUUCUGCGCCUCCACAGACCGGAAGAUGACUUUAGCGAAACAUUGGUCUCCGGAAAGCUGUCAGCCUUUGCUGAUGUACCCAGCGAGGAGGCUGCACAUCUUGUCUUGGAAGUCCAAUACGGAUCGCGAAGCACCAACUACACGAUUGUGGUCAUCCGAUCCACUAUCACUUCGGACUUCCAGUUUCAGUAUCCAGAUCCAGCUGCGAUAGUUCCGGCCGCGGCCACGCUGACAGGUCUUGUGGCCGUGGAUGGCUUUGGAGACCCGCUGCGCAUGGAGCCGAUGUACUUCGAUCCUCGACGUAGCCAGUACCUGGUCUUUGCCAACCCCAACACUGGAGGCGGCUAUGAGUGGACGCGAGCCGUAGCCUCGAAGAACGACCCGGCAGCCCUUCUUCAUCUGCGGGUGGAUGGCAGUGAUUGGGAAGACCUCGAGUCCGGCAUUCUGACUCGGUACAUCUCUGUGCCAGUGAACACUUGGCUCCUUCUUGAAGUACGGGUCACCUCUGCGACGGCCACUGCUGCUGGGACCGUGCCUCUCGUGUACCAGCUUCUUGUCUCGCGGGAGCUUCGUUGUCAUGUUCUUUGUCGCACGUGCUUUGGACCUGAAGCAAUCCAUUGCUUGUCCUGCCGAACACCUUUGGUGCUCAACAAUGGGACGUGUGAGACAGCUUGUCCUCCAAGCAGCUACUACGAGUGGACUUCUUUCCAAUGUCGACCAUGCGAUGAGUCCUGUGCACAAUGCUCAGGUCCUGGGGCAAGUGCUUGCACCCAGUGCCGUGCCCUCUUCUUCCUCUCGCCGCUGACGUGGGAGGAUCUGCAGGCGCCGUGCGUCCUGCGAUGCCCUGGAGGCACGUUUGCUCAUCCGCGAAGCCGCCGUUGCCGGAAGCCUCCGAGUGCACCUGUCAAAACUUUUUACCUCCAGUUCAAGUUCCGCAGCACGUUUCAGGAGUUUGCCAGAGAUCCGGUCAUUCAGGAAUCUGUGCUCAACACCACUGCCUUUGUUUUGGGCUUGGCGUUGUCCGACAUUCGAGGCUACAAGAUGGAAGCUGUGGAGGAGGAAUAUGGCAUUGUGGUUGACAACGGGCCACCUUUGCUAUCCGUUGAGGUCGUCUCACCCUUCCUGUCCAAGGACGAGGCGGACCACAUCUCGAUGAACACCUGGUUCGGAGCUUUCGAAGUUCCAGUGGAUCAAGUCCAGAGCUUCACAUGGGAUCAAAUGCAUCCACCACUGCCGCCAUUACCGGUAGAUCCAUUUCUACCGACCUGGGCAUGGGGCUUGGGAACUUCAGCCAGUGCAGCGAUCCUCCUCUUGUUUCCGAUCUACUGCUGCUACUUUCGAAGACUGGCAAACACCCGUCGCAAGUAUCGACCGGCAGCUGGUGUUGACCCGACGUUUAUGGAGCGAGUUGUCCACAAUUCGGACUCGCAGCUGGUGAAGCGCUUCGUUGCACGCGACAGCGGUGCACAGCUCAUGCGCGAUGCGGACUGA